AUUCGGAUAUAUUCAAAUCAGCUGUUUGUUAUUUAUUUUUAAAUAAUUUUAUUUUUAUUUGUUGAUUUAUCGAUAAAUCUACUUUUACCAAAAAUGUCUAGCUCAAGUGAGUCUGAAGAUGAAAAUCUAAAACAAAUUCUAGAGGCAGCCGACACAAGCCUCCUAACUAACUCACUAUAUAAACCAAAGGAAACGAAACCAGAAAAAGUUGAAUCAAAAUGUGAUGAACAUCCUAUUUCUCAAAGGCAUUUAAACCAUGAUGAGAGUACUGACAUUGAUUUUCAACCUUCCGAAACAGUACAAAAAAUUAUGGCAAAAAAACUGAGUCUCUUGGUUCAAGAACAAAUUGAAUUCAUAACUCUUUCAGAUUUAUCCCAAAAUCCAAAGAAAAAACAAAAGAACAGAGUUAAACUGUUCAAUGACUGCGAUUGUUAUGUGAAACCAUUUGAAGAAUUUGAAUAUGAAGAUAUUGGCCCAAGAAAGAAGCCCUUGAUACAGAGACGUAAGAUUGAUGAUCAUUUAGAUGAAGAAUCAAAACUUAAAGCUGUUGCUGUCGAUGGUGAGUUUGUUUUGUCACUCAAAGAAACACUUAACUGGUCAAAUAGAAAAAAAGGAAAGGAAUUUCAAUAUAAACAAGGAAAAGGCAUCAAUAAGGACCAUCAUUUGAUUGAGCCACAAAAUGAAUUUACGAAAAUGAGACAGAAAAACCAAUGGAAUGAAUCUAGGAUAAGAAAAGCUAAAUUUUCUACCAAAUAAAUCUCAUUUAAA